AUGUCAAUUAAUUUAACAAAAAAUAAAGACGCUUUAGUGGCUGCCUGGCACAGCGUAGUCGACGAUAAAUCGUCUACUAACUGGUAGGCUUGCAUUUCUUUUAUAUUAUAUUUCCAUCCCGGCUAUGUGCCGAUAUGAAUUUUGCACCUUAAAAAUUUAGAAAUGUUCAAUUGAAUCCUCAAAAACUCGUAAAGUAAAUUGCUUUUCUAUGUUAAGUAACUCUUCUUUUUACUUUUGUCGAUCGAUAUAAAUAGUACAAGAUAUAUAAUAAGCAUUUGCAAUGAUAAAACAAAUAGUCGGCAAUACUAUUUGUAUAGAGACUGAAAAGUAAAUAUUGUUUGUAAAAUAAAAUAAUUUUAUAUCUCCGUUGAACUUUAUUAAUUAUUAACAUAUCUUUUUAAUGUUAAUUAAAAGAGAAAUUAUGAAUAUGUGAUAUAUAUUUUUGCUAAAUUAUUAUUAUCCAUAGGGCCUUGUUUGGAUACGAGGGACAAACUAACAACUUAAAAGUAGUUGGCACUGGAAAUGGAGGUUUGGAAGAAAUGAUUGACCGUUUAAAUAGUAGUCAUAUCAUGUAUGCCUUUUGUCGUGUAAUAGAUACUAAGACAAGUCUACCAAAAUGUCUCUUAAUAAAUUGGCAAGGAGAAGGCGCACCAAUUGUUAGAAAGGGUACUUGUGCAAAUCAUAUUAGGGAUAUAGAAAAAUUAUUAAAAGGUGCACAUAUAACAAUUACUGCUCGUUCUGAAGAUGAUGUUGAAGUAGAUUCUAUUAUGGAAAAACUUGCUAGAGCAACAGCUUCAGCAUAUAAAUUUAAUGAACCACGUGGUGAAAAUGAAGGAAAUGCAGGUCCAGUGGGUACCACAUAUCGCAGAGUAAUUCCUGAACAAGAAAUAAAUGCAACAGAACGUGAUCAAUUUUGGCAAAGGGAAGAAUUGGAAGAGAAGAAAAGACUGGAACAAGAACGUAUAAAAUGUGAAAAAGAACGGCAACGACUUGAAGAAGAAAUUAGAACUAGAGAAGAAAAAGAAGCAAUGCUCAGAGAACAACAAGUCACUGCCAAAGAAAAUUCAAUAGCGCGACAAAAGUUGGCGGAACAACGUGCCGAGGAAGCGAACAAUUUACGUAAUCAACUAGCUGCAAGUCAGCAUUAUAGUAACGAUGUGGAAGACGAUCAUAGAUCGAGAAGUGAAGAACUGCGACGUCAGAGAAGCAAAGAAACGCAACAGUUAAUUGCUCAAAGAACGAUAAAUGCAAGAGCUGUUUUUGAACAGAAUUCGGCAGCUGGUCAAAUGAAAUCUUCUCCAGUGCAACAACAAUAUAUACCGAAAAAUAGUCAUGUAGAAGCAGCUAAGAAAGCACUCGAGGAUAAUCAACAAAAAGAGACACCUCAUACUAAAGUAGAAGAACUGAAAACAGAAGUAAAUAAAACACACAAAUUAGAUAUAGUGACUACUACUGCUUCAAAUGCAUCUUCGUCUCCAAAUCAAGUUCAAGAAUCCAAAUUACCAGAAUCAGAAGAAUCUGAACAGCCAUCAGCGGCGAAAGAAGCAAUUACUGAAAAUGAGUUGUACAGUCAAAUGGAUGGCCAGUACUUAUAUUUUGAUCCAAAUAACGAAGGAAUGAAAGCAAGAGCAUUAUAUGACUAUCAGGCAGCUGAUGAUACAGAAAUUACUUUUGAUCCUGGAGAUAUUAUUACACACAUAGAUGCUAUUGAUGAAGGAUGGUGGCAAGGUCUUGGUCCUGAUGGUACUUAUGGACUUUUUCCUGCUAAUUAUGUUGAAGUUAUUGAUUACAAUACGACAUGA